AAAUUUGCUUGAAAUUUUGAGAGAUCAUAGUUUGUUUCAAAAGACUUGAGUAACACACAUCCCAGAAUAAUGCCUGGAGAAAGACUGUAUGGGGCUGCAGGGGAGCCACAGAAUACCACAGUACUAAUGGAAACCAUCUAUAAAUUAAAACAAGAAAUCCAGAAAAGCAAUGCAGAGAAACAAGCUCUUGCAGAACAACUCAACUGCCUUAUUCUCUUAGUUAAAAGAUCUUGGGAUGGGGAUCACAAUGCCUCCCUUCACUUAGCCAAUAUUGUCGGGGUUCCGCCACCUGAUUUUCAUCAUUCACAGAGCACAGAGAGAAUUGUUACAAACACACCAGUCCCAGAAAAUGUCAAGAGCAAGGCUGUCCAACUUUGGGAACGCUUAGCCAUUAAGCUUCUGGAGCAAGACAACAUGAGAAUCCAACAUGAAAUUCAGCAGCGUCAACAGCUGUAUAUUGAACGACGACAGCUGUACAUGGACGAACUUCUAGAAACACAUCAAAAAGAAAUGACACAACUUCCUGUCACUCGCAGCAAGAAAAGUUUAGAGGAAGUGGACAGAAAGUUUAUGAAGACUUUCAACAAGAACUCAAAUUUAAAUAGACCUGCCAGCGGGACUCGUACAACACAGCUGAGAGCUAAAAGUGCCGUGACAAGGACAAGAAAGGACAGUACAAAUGGAGUGGAGUUAACCAUUAAUGAUAUCCUUCACCCCGAGCAUGCUCAUCUCAGACAAGAGACCAACAGUGCAUUUUCUGGACUUUACAAACUGGACAAAGAAAGUAACAAGGACCAGUUUUACAGUAGACUGGACUAUGAUGACCCUAAUAGAUAUAAACCAGCAGGAAACCUCUUUGAUCUUGAUACUGUGUUUGGGCCAGACCAUCAUGACUCUGAUACAAAGCGACCAAUCAGUGCCUUCCUUCCAAAUGGCAUGGAAAGACAGAAACAAAGACCAAAGAGUGCAGGUGUGUUUCUGACACAAAAGCAUGAAAGACAGAUAAAAUUUGACACUACAAGACCUGUAUCAGGAAAACCAUCUAAAGGAAAAGGAAACCAGAGAAAGAAAUCUGCUGGACCAACAAAUAUUGGUAAUGAACCUGUUCCAAGAGAGGAAGAUUCUAUAAUCCAUAUGCCCCCCGAUACAACAGAUAACUCUGUGAAUGACAAUGCCAGUCAACAGUUAGAGGAAUCAGAUGAGGAGCAGCAGCCAAUCAGAGUGAAGAUGAAUACGCAUAAAAAACGCCCACAACAUGUGGAUAAAUUCUGUAAUGAACUCAAAGACAUGGAAGAGAUGGAAAAAGAAUUUAGGAAGAACACCAUUGCUUUGCAGAAGCAGUUGGGUAUAGGAGAUACAGGAAUGGUUUUCUGAUUUUAUUAUUCCUGAUGUACAUAUUUUAAUCAUUGAAGUCAUGUUUACUGCCUUUUUAAAACUGCUGUCAAAAAACGAGAUAUGAAUGUGUGUUUACAAGAUUUUGGUAUUUGGUUGUAUGUAGAAGUAGGUUGUAUUAGGGGAUGUUAACUUUUUUUUUUAUUUUGUGCAUUUUCUUUAACCAAAUUGUACACUAACUGUUGUUUUCAGAUGCUUUUAGCUUACAAGCAUUUACUGCCAUGGACAAAAAUUAAUGUUACAAUGAAUUAAGUACUUUGUUACUAACCAAUGGAGUAAUAUGGGACAUGCAUUUGUUUUAAAAUUGAAAACAGAUCCUUUUGUACACUUAUAUAAAUUCCUCGUGUUUUUCAUUAUUUUGAUGUUAUCAGAUUUCUUUAAUACAUGAGAUAUUCUGCACCAAUUGUAAAGUUUCUGAUAAUCUAGAAA